AUGGCGGACUCUACGGCGCUCAUAAACUCGGACCUCCCAGGCCUCACCCUCGUAUCCAAAGGGAAAGUACGCGACAUCUACAGCACCUCCUCGCCCGAAUACCUCCUCUUCGUCGCGUCUGACCGCAUAUCCGCCUACGAUGUCAUCCUGCGCAAUGGAGUGCCGGAGAAGGGGAAGCUCCUGACCCAGAUCUCCCUGUUUUGGUUUGAAAAGCUCAAGGACAUCAUCCCGAACCACUUUGUUACUGCCAAUGUACAGGAGAUGCCGGAAGAAGUCCGGCAGUACAAGGACCAGCUGGAAGGGAGGGCGAUGCUGGUGAGGAAAGCGCAGGUUGUCCCGUUGGAAGCCAUUGUACGAGGGUAUUUAACAGGUUCUGGGUGGGCUGAGUAUAAGAAAUCCGGCACUGUCCACGGAAUACCCCUCCCCUCCGGGCUUGUAGAGUCGCAGAAACUACCUGAACCUCUCUUCACUCCAUCCACGAAGGCGGAGCAAGGCGCUCACGACGAGAACAUCUCCCCAGAAACAGCUGCAAAGUUGAUCGGCGAGGACUUAUACUCCCAAAUCUCCUCCGUAGCAAUCCAACUAUACAAAACCGCAGCUUCCUACGCCGAAUCGCGCGGCCUCAUCCUCGCCGACACGAAGUUCGAAUUCGGGCUCGUCCCCUCCACUACCUCGCCCUCCUCCCAGCAACUUAUCCUCGUCGAUGAAGUCCUCACGCCCGACUCCUCGCGCUACUGGCCACUGGAAGGUUACGCACCCGGCCGCGGGCAGCCCAGCUUCGAUAAGCAGUACUUGCGUGACUGGCUGGUCCAGAAUGGGUUCAAAAAGGGGCUGGAGGGUGGCGCGAAUGGGGAGGGGUGGACGAUGACCCCUGAGGUCGUCGAGGGAACGAGGAAGCGGUACGUCGAUGUGGUGAAGAUGCUCAUGGGUGAAGAGGUGAGGUAA